AUAGUCUCAAUAACUAGUGGUAAUAUUCCCUCAUUUCGUUACCACAUAUUGAUUGUGAACUCUUUUUUCAACAAAAUCAGAAAAAAAUAGUCAAAAUCAACAAGAAAAUGACAUUCAUGUGAGCUGCCAAAAUAAAAUUUCCAGCUCUCAUUCAUUCAUAUAAACCUCCCUUUAAAUGGGUUAUAGAUAAUAAGAAAAAAUAGAGAAAAUUAAAAAAAAAAAAAGGAAAAAAGAAAGGAGAAGAGAACAUCAUGAGUCAGUGUAUAGUACCCAAUUGGAAUCUAAGUCACCCAAGACAAGACCUUAAACAAGGAGAAGAAGGAAACAGAUCUUCUCACGUGGACUUACACACUAAUCACAAUCUCCAUUUUCAGCAACAACAGAGUUUCUCUCAACUUGUUCCUAUGUCCAAUUUUGAGGUUACAGAGCUGACAUGGGAAAAUGGACAACUAGCCAUGCACGAACUCGGAGGGAUUUUCCCUGGUCCCGCAAGCACAACCACCACCUGCCCUCCAAAGCCGACAUGGGGUGGUGGCGUAGGUAGUGCCUCGGACACACUAGAGUCCAUAGUCCAUCAAGCCACUUACUGCAACAACCAACAAAGCCCGAAUCUAAUGCCUUGUUCUGUGGCUCAUCAGCAAUCGGGUCAUCAGAAAAGGGAAAACAUUGGCUCAUCAGUUGUGGGAUCUUCUGGUGGAAAAUGGGCUGAAAACUCUGGACACAUACAAACAACUGGUGGUCCCCCACCCACUCCCCCGGGACUAAUGAAGAAACGAACACGCUCUGAGUCUGAAAACUGUGCGGUCAGGAACACAACUGAUCAUGAGAUGAGCGCGUGUGCAAGUGCUAAUGCUACAUUUUGUAAGGAAAACAACAAUACGAACGACACAACUAUGAUGACAUGGGCGUCUUACGAGUCUCCAAGGAGUUGUACGAGGACUAAGAUUACGACUGAUGAGGACUCUGCUUGCCAUGGUGGCUCGGAUAACCAAGAUGAACACUACACUAAAGGAGAAACAGGUCGAUCCUACACAACAAGAAAAGGAAGAGCAGCCGCUGUUCAUAAUCAGUCUGAGAGGCGAAGAAGAGACCGCAUAAAUCAAAAGAUGAAAGCUCUGCAGAAGCUUGUUCCGAAUGCUAGUAAGACAGAUAAAGCCUCGAUGUUGGAUGAGGUAAUAGAGUACUUAAAACAGCUUCAAGCACAAGUUCAGAUGAUGACAAAUGCAAGAUUUAUGCCUCAGCUUAUGAUGCCUUUAGGAAUGCAGCAACACUUACAACAGAUGUCUUUACUAGCGAGGAUGGGAAUGGGGGCCGGUCUAGGGAUGGGAAUCGGUAUGAAUGAUGCAGCGAAUCAGACGAUAACCCAAAUAAUGCAUCCUACUCAAGUUGCUAAUGCUGCCUCCGCAUUUGUGCCACCUGCUUUUGUCGUCCCUCAGAUGAUGCCUGCGGCUAACCAGCAACCAAAUCCAGCUGAUCCUGGAGCCAGCACUUCUGCUGCUCUACAAGAUCCCUACAGCACACUUUUGGCACAGUCUAUGAACAUAGAACUCUACAACAGGAUGGCAGCUUUACAGAGGCAACAACAGACAUCAACACAAUCAGCAAGCAAUCAUUUGCAGUCAAACCCUCAUGUUCAACAAAGUUGAUUCGAACGUUCGUGAUCUUGAGGUUAAUUAGAUCGCUUUGAAGCAGUUUUGACAAAUGUAAAUGGUCUAGAAUUUUAGUUGAUAAUAAUCAGAUAUAUUCCUUUUCUCUUUUCUGCCUCUAUUUGUUACAUUAAAACCCAUUUUGUUACAUGUACUUGUUCCAUCAUUACAAUUA